GGGCCAAGUUGACGUCAUUCGCGGCUUUGCCGCCGAUACAGGCGAGAUAUGGCGGGCUUUGAAAAUGUCACGCGGGUGCCGGCUCGGCGGGGAGCGCGAUUCACGUGGUUGCAGAUGACGCCUGCCGUUUUUGUUGUGAAGCGUCAUUUGCGCAGAGUUUGCAAGCAAGUGCGGUCGUCUUCUUCUUCGUCCUGGCGCAUUUCGUGGCCAUUCAUCGUGCGGGACGCUAGAACAUUGUCAUCCCCAGAAAUCUGGCAGGUUCCGAAGGCACGAUGGGCCCACCGAUGAUGGCUCCGCUUUCAAUCGCUGUCGCUGCAGUGAUGGUAUCUUCAGGAGCCAACGCUCAAAACAAUGAACUAUCCCGAGACUCAUGCUUUCAGGUGCGCUUUCCCGAUCUGAUGGAUAUAAGCGGGUGCUUGGGCAACGUGCUGGACAUGUGUGGGAAAAGCAGACCUUACAUUAAACUGGCCUUGGAAAAACUUGCCAACUGCCUCAUGGAUGCUAUAUUUUCCGAAAAUACGAUCAAGAAAAUUCUGACGGCUUUGAGAAGACCCUUAAUCUUUGCAUUCAGAACGUUAUUUCCAAGAGUGUCAAAGGUGGUGGUGCCCGUGCUCAAGGCGCUGCUGCCAAGGCCUUGUAACGAGAGAGAGUUGAGAGAGGGAACAUGCGACCGACAGCUGCUGCCGCGGACCCCGUGCAACAGCGCCGUCAACGUCACCUUCAGCGACCCUCUGGACAUCAGAGACUGCAUUGACCUCAACCAAUUUAUGUGUUUCGAAGAAGGUGCUGAUAAGGACGAGAUGCUGGUAGAGCUGAUGAGAACUAUGGUGUGCGCGAUGAAGAAGUUGCCGGAGCUAAGCGUUCGGUUAGUGCUGAAGAAGCUCCUCUGCAGAGGCAUGUCCUGGCUCAUCGAGUUUCUCCGAGCCAGGGACUUCAACACUAUGAAGCGAGUGGUAGAAGCUUUUCACACACUUGGGAGCUGUUACAGAUAUUAUCCGGCGAACCCCAAAGCCGAGAGGAGACUCCUCCCGGAGGCGGAAUUUCACCUGCCCGACACAAGAAAAAGCCCCAAAUUACCGUGAAGAAUAGCGCAAGCAUUGAAGGACUCUGGUAGCACGCUCAUCAUCAACCGCGCUCCAUUAACCACUCGUCUCAUUUAUUCCACUCUGCUAAGAGCAUACGUUCGUCAAGAGGGAACGAAAUGCUCGCCGGAAGGUGCAUUUCCACAAGGGUUCCUUUUUUUUUUUUUUUUCCUCGAGCUCCCUUCUUCGUGCUGAUACGGAAUUAAAGGAAAGUCGUUAUUAAAGUCGCGGAA